AUGCCCUUUAUAUUUCCUCCCCCCAUUCACUCCCUCACCCCCUCCCACCCUCCCUCCCUCCCUCCCUCCCUCCCUCCCUACCUCCCUCCCUCCCCUCCCUCCCUCCCUCCCUCCCUCCCCUCCCUCCCUCCCCUCCCUCCCUCCCUCCCUCACCUCACCCACCGGGCACACGGCACACCCAUCAGUCUGCACCUUACAGCCGCCCAGCCCCAGUGGACCACCAGCGUGCGCUGGCUACUCUCCCGCUCUCCCGCACCCCCGUCUCUUUGCCUCUCCUUCUCUCAUCCUUCCCUCAUCCCCCUCAUCCGCCGAUCCUUCACUCUCCCCUCCUCCCCCACCGCCUCCUCCCUCUCAUCCCUGCAACUAAGCUUGGGUGUCAGAGACAAGUUCACAGAGGAGGAUUACCGCCUGAGAAACUGGAAUUUAGGCUUUCUCAAGACCUGCUUUUCCCUGCACUCCCUCACACUCGGACCCCUGGCUGCCAUUUCGCCUCAGCUGCACGAGUUCUCGUUCUGCGAGCCGUGGAAGCUGGAGGAGGAGGGAGGGGAGGACUGCAAAGGACCGGUGCUGCUGGCGCUCGAGUUCCACAGGGCUCGCCGCCUCUCCUUCCACUUCCUUAGCCACGAGCUCAAACUGAAACUCGCCCUUUCUCACGACUCCCUCACCUCCUUCUCCGCCUGUGCCCAGUCCCUCACUCUCGCCUGCAGCUCUGCCCGCCCUCUCACGUUGACCUAG